CGGGCAUAAAGUGGCUGCCAGCCCGCAAGGCUCCCAGCCAGGAGGUGUCACCCCCAGCAGGCGCCGGCCGGAGCUCGGGCACCCAGCAUGCGGGCACAACUUAUGUGGAGGACACUGCCCAGUCUGGUCCUCGGACUCCUGUUCUUGAGCACGCCGGUCAUGGGCAGCUGUCUGGACAAGGACCAAGAGCUGCUCAGGCAGCUCCAGAAGCAGGCGGACAUCAUGCAGCGAACCAGCAUGCUCCUGAACCCCUAUAUCCAAAGCCAAGGCCUAGACAAGGAUGGACUGAAGGAGCACUGCCAGGAGCGCCCAGGGACCUUCCCCAGCAAAGAGGCCCUGCAGCGGCUCAGCAGGCAGGAAUUCCUGCGGGCUCUCGACACCAUGCUGGACCACGUUCUGCACAGACUGAAGGCCUUGCAGCGAGACAUCCCCAAAGCCCAGGACCUGGAGACACUGAAUAGGGCAAAGCAGAACAUUCGCGGGUUCAAGAACAAUAUCCACUGCCUGGCCCAGCUGCUUCCAGGCUCAUCAGAGACGACUGAGCCCGCUCCUAUAGGCCCAGGGACAUCUCCGUUGCCCACCCCCACCCCAGACACCUUCCAGCGCAGGCUUGAAGGCUGCAGGUUCCUGCAUGGCUAUCACCGCUUCAUGCACUCCGUGGGGCAGGUGUUUCGAGAGUGGGCGGAGAGCCCGAGUCGGAGCCGGAGACACAGCCCCCGCCGGGGCCUGCGGAAGGGGGCCCACAGAGUGCCACUCUCCAGGAACAAGAGACUCCUGCCCAGGGUUCAGCUGCCCCGGUAGUCUUAGGGGACACCCCAGGCAGAGAAAGGAUCUGUAUGUACUCCCUAGGAUGGCAUCUCCCCCCAGGGCCUCCAAACCUGCUCCCCUCUAUUCCCCACCUCCCAGAAGUGCACUUUAAGGGUUGGGAGCCAGGCUCCGGGAUGGAAGGAUAGGGUCAGGCUAUUGAGCCCCCAGCCCUGAAUUCGUCAGUCUUGGUGGGUUGGCUGGGUCAGGCCACGCGGGGCCAACUUUCCAUUGAUUCAGGGGUCUGAUGACACAGGCUGACUCAUGGCCAGACUGACUGCCCCCCCGCCGCUCUGCUCCCCGAGGUCUGCUGGCCCUUCCCUCUCAUGACUUACAGAGCCGUUGCCCCCAGACUUCCUCCUUUCCAUGGCAGCAUUGUUCCGAGGGGAAGGUUAGGGCCUGAGCUGGCCUCCGAAGGCUCAUUGCCAUUCUCAGGCCAGACACCUGGACAUCUGGGUGAUCUCACUUUAGGCAGCUGUGACAGAUGCAGAGUGUCUUAGAAGGAGCACUGAUCUGGGGACAGGGGUGUCCAAGAACAGGGCUCAGUUCCCAGCUCAACCCCUAACUCACUGUGUGGCCUCAGGCAGGCCACUUUACCUCUCUGAACCUCAGUUUUAUUUUUUGUGAUUCAAGCAGUUGGUGUAAAGCCCUCUCAGCUUGAUUCAAUGACAUAGAGCAAAUAUCCAAUGCCUUGCAAAUGGGCAGGGCCUGGAGUUCUCUACAGACAUACUGCCUGGAGGGCCUGGUCUUGGGUCCCGGCUGCUGGCUGCGCCCCCUGGUGGUGCAUCAUUAAAAUUUCUCAUGCGGAAACUGGUUCUGGAGGGACGCCCAGAAGGUGCUGGCCCAAUUCUUUGGAGGGAUAUGACUAAUUUAUCGAUUUUUAUCAGUUUUUAUCUGUUUACUAUUUAUAAGGCUUAUUUAUGAUGUGUAUUUAAUGUUAAUAUUGUGCCAACAUAUAUUUAAAAAACUUGCCUUUUUCUAAA